GCCGCUCGAAACUCCAACAGACGCCCGCGCGCUCGCUGUGUGUGUCCGGUGCCCGACCCCUUACAAAUAAAUACAACCCGACCCGGCGUUGACAGUUGACACACAACCGCGCGCCCAGAACCAACCGUAUCCACGGAGUGUCCACCGCGCAUCGCAUUUGCGAAAAUUAUUCUUCUCGAACGAUCCGCGCGCUACGGUCGUGUACGCGGUACGUUUGCGUACGUUGAGCUGUUUUCGCGCAACCCGUUCGGGAGGUGCGUGUGUUUCUUGCGUUCUAGCGGCAAAAAGAGCACCUUCUGUAAAAAACGGGGUUUAGUGUGGCGUUUCGCGGGGGCCCACCGCCUGCUGUGACACUUUAAAAAGUGAGCUUAAGUUUUCCACGGAAACGCAUUUCCAGCGCGCUGCUGGAAGCGGAGUGAGAGAGAGAGAAAAAAACGAGUGCAAAAGAGGGGAAAAAGUGUAACGAAAAAGUCUGUAAGCUUACCACCAAACAGUGGAAACAGUGGAAACAGUGGAAAAGUUUUUGUCUUCAACGUCACCUUCCGCCCCAGCUGGAUCUAACCACGAACCAGCAAUUGUGAGCACGAACAAACCAGACUUUUAGUUUUCGGUGUUCGGGAAAAAAAGACCCGCAAAAAGACCCGCAAAAUCCCCAAUGUGAAAAGUCAUCGUCGCGUUUUUGACAGUGGGAAAAGUGUAUUGUAAAAUAAAAACAGAGGAACAGUGUCCCGGAUUUUCCUUCCCCAAUCCCUGUCAACACCUCGCUUGGUGGUGGCGCGGGUGGCAAAUGAAUGCUGUUAAAUAAUUUAAAUAAAAUUGGCAAAGUUUUAUCGUCGCUGCGGCGGUGCAGCACUGAAGCGUGCUUCAAACGGUGACGUAACCUCAAAAAUUAAACCCCGCCAGCAAACGGUGACAACGCCAGAGAGCUCGCACAACUUCCAUUCCACAAAAAGGUUGGACAAAGCAGCUAUGGCACAUAAAACCACACUGUGGAGGUGUCACUGUUGGGCGUUGGUCCGCACGCUGUUACUCUCGACCUUGCUGGCAGUGGUGCUGUGGCCCGCCGGUGAAGCGAAUGCCCUGCCGUACGGUGCAGCCGACAUCGAGCUGGACGAGGCAAACGAUGCCGUCUCGCUGACCGCUUGCUACGUGGAGGACCUGCGCAACAUCCGCGAACACUCGCAGAACCCGCUCGUCAUUCAGAUCAAUCACUGCUACCUGCAGGAGCUGCCGAACGCGAUCUUCAUACGCUUCACCGAUCUGCAGGUGUUGGAAAUUUGUGACAGCCGCGUUAACAACCUGCAAGACUUUGCCCUCAACGGGCUGCGCAACAUCGAGUCGUUGAACCUUUCGCGCAACAAUCUCACCACGAUCAAGUCCUGGAGCGAUCACGAUCUCGACACGCUGCAGGUGCUCGAUCUGCGCCGCAAUCUUAUCCGCUCGAUCGACGAGCUGUCCUUCCAGCGCUAUCCGGGGCUGGUGAAGCUCAGCUUGGCCGUGAACUUCAUCACCACCGUCCCGGACGGGACGUUCAAGCCGGUGGCAAAUCUGAAGAAUCUCAACCUGGGCAAGAACCUGCUAACCACCAUCGAGGAGGGUACGCUGCGCGGGCUGAACAAGCUAACGCACGUCGCGUUCCAUCACAACCGCAUCCGCACGAUCCAUCCGUUCGCGUUCGUCGGCAACGGCCAUCUGAAGGUGUUGCAGCUGCAGGGCAACCAGCUCGGAUCGUUCGAGCCGGACCUGUUCGGCAAUCUGCCGCGGCUUACCUUCCUGAACGUGAGCAGCAACGAGCUGGAGACGGUGGGGAAUUUGAGCUUCAAGAACAGUGGCGAUCUGCGCGUGCUCGAUCUCAGCUACAAUCGCAUCGGGCUGCUAGAAGACAACAGCCUCAAGGGACUUUAUGAUUUGGAGGCGCUCAACGUCAGCCACAAUCAGCUCGCAACGGUUAGCAAAUAUGUGCUGAAGGAUUGCGCUAAUCUGCGCGAUCUCGAUCUCUCCGGCAACAGGCUGGACUACGUGGGGCUGAAGCUGUCCAGCGCUACGCCACGGCUGGUGCGGCUCAACCUCUCUCGCAACGCGAUCGGCGAGAUCGAGCGGGACGUGUUUGAAGAUCUGCCGAAGCUGCACACGCUCGACCUUGCCCACAACCAGCUGACGGACGACGCCUUCCUGUGGUCGCUGAUGAAUCUCAGCGUGCUGAACAUGAGCCAGAACGGGUUCCGCAAGAUCAAUGCCUCGCUGCUGGAGAGUCUGACGCUCGCCGAGCUGUACGAUAAUCCCUGGGACUGUCGGUUCCUGGUGCAGGAGCUGGCCCACCACAGCAGCAGUGUGAUCUAUGGCAAAAACUACCUGGUAGAGGAUACGGGCCGUAUACUGACCGCGACCGGUAUCGAGUGUACGGACGAACGGGGCAAACACCGUGACAUUGUGGUGGUUGAACCGCCGGCCAAACCUUCCCCCGAUGAGAUGGAAUUUCAACGGUACAAAUUCUUCCACGAAGGGCACGUCGACACACGCCCCAUUCAGGACAACUUUGACACCAAAUCCACCGUCAUCUGGCUAAUGUCCGGUGCGAUCGCCGUGUUCGGUGCGUUCAAGCUGAUCCAGCUGCUGCUGCGACACUCGGAACACCAGAGCGAAAAGUGGCGCCUCGCCCAGCACGAGAGUGCCUUUCUGCCAAGCGAACAUCCGGCGGUUACGCGGAAUUCCCGUCCGCCUAACACACUCUAAUUAUUGUGCUCGAAACGUUCGAAAACACGCCGACAGGGAAGAAGAGCAGAGGCGAUGCGACGCUACGAACUAGCGCCGCACGAAUCAAACGAAACCAAUCGAACCGUACCACGGUCUGUGCGGUAGUCAGAGAUAAUUAAAUCACGUCCAGCACGGUCCAGCGGCGACUGUGCUUUGUGGUAAUAGCUUUGGAAAAGUUUGCCAAUCCAGAUCCCAGUCCGCAUUCGUUUGGCCGCGUCAGUAGUACGCCAUUAUUUGCACACCAGAGCCAAAGUUCGCGCUCCCCGGUGCAACCGGAUAUUCAGGGUUCGCUGUUUCCAUCGCACCAUGCAAAAGCGUACCAACGCACCCAACUAUUGGCGAAAAACUCCUUCAUUAGCGGAACGGGAUAUCGGAUCCGCUUUUUUUUUUGUUGGGACGUGCAUGUUCUAUUUCCAAACGUUGCGCUCACUUCACAAGACAUUAGGGGCGGUAAUUUUUGGGCCUAACAUUGUUAGGUUCGUUUCGGUCGGGAAAUUAAAGCAACUUUAAAACCGCACCCAUUCGUAGUGUUGGAUUCCAAUAGGAUUCUAACAUUUACUUUUGUGCAAUAUUUUCCUGGGACUACACGUAUGGUUGAAAACCACACGCAAUCAAGUAAGUCAAACAGUGGUUUAAUUCAAAAUGACAUAUGAAGCAUCCUAAUACAUCAAUUUCGACAUACAUUUAGCUGGUUUUUCUGUGACAAAAAAUUCUGUUAAUAUAGAAAUGAAAGUAUAACUGAAAAUAAUGUUUAUAUAAGUUUGUAACGAAAAAAUCUGUGAGAGCAGAAUUAGAUUCAUAUUAUUUUUAGUUUGUAAUACCAAUCUUGAAAAAAAUUCAACAUUUUACAGCAAUCGAACUUCAUGACUUAUAGCAUUUUGUAUGAAGCAACUUUUGUGCACUUUUUUAAGACAAAAAUAGAAACAAAGCAAAACAUGGGUUAAUGAAGAAUUUUCGGACCCUGCUUCACCAAAAUUUAUCUUAAAGUAUUGGCAUACUAAGUUUAAACGUGGUGAAAUGAGCACUGAAGACAUAGGACGCUCAAAAGAGCUAUCGCAAUAGCUCACAUAUGUGAAAACAAUGGCCAAAGUAUAUGAAUUGAGGUACGAAUCGCUUCCUCACCUACCAUAUGCACCACACCUGGCUCACAGUGACUAUUUCCUGUUCUGAGACCUCAAGAGGAUGUUCGCUGGGAAGAAAUUUUCGUCGAACGAAUAGGGUGAUCGCCGAAAUAGAAACCAGUUUUGAGGCAACGAACAAACCGUACUACAUAGGUGAUUUAGAAAAGUUGGAGAAUCGUUAUAAUUAAAAAAAAAAUUAAACAAUUAAACAAUUAAACAAUAAUUGGUGUAUCACUCUUGAAGGGAUGUAUGUUCCAUUCCUCGGUGUUGAUAAAGGUUUCAGGCUCUACAAUGGAAUAAAUAAUAAGUCCUAAUACUGACAUUGGCUAUAACAGUCUAAAACCAAGUUUCUGCUCCAUGCCUAAGCAAGCGUUCAUAGUCGGGUUAUUGAUGGCAGUUUUGGUUCACAUACCUAUUCUGGUGCUAAUUUUGGAGAGAAAAACUCAGAUGUUUCAGAGUAGUUGAUAAUUUACUAAUUAUCCUUUAACAUUUGACCUGAACGGCAAUAUAUGUACUAUCUUUUUGACUCCGUUUUAUAUAUUUAAAGCUUGUUUACUUUUCCCAUCUCUGUUUUGUUUUAUUAAUUAGUACUAAGACGGCAAUAUUAGGUUCUUUAAAGAAACGAUCGGCUAUUGAGCUUCCCAAUACAAUCCCAUAAAAUUUAAUAGACUGUAAGUUAUCUAGUUCUAGGGCGGUCCCGCCGUGGUCGUCAACUCGUACGACUCAAUAACAUGCCCGUCAUGGGUUCAUGGGUUUAAGCCUAGAAUGGACCGUCCCCCCAUAGCAAGAAGGAUUGACUAUCUGAGCAAGAAGGAUAGAGGAUAUUGAAGAUUGCGUGGUAAUGAAUUAAGUCUCGAAAACCUGUAUAGGCUGGCAUAGGAUCCGCGUAGGAUGUUAAGCCAAAUAGAAGUUCCCUAGAUCUGCCUUAUUGUUAUUCUCAGCAUCCAAAUGCUGUAAUGUAAAACCCAAAACAAGAGUUACAGAAUCAUUCGAUAUGUUGAAACCAGCUCAUUUUUUUACGAGUCACACUCCGCUCUCAUAAGGGUGGAAGCUCCAAAGUGAUCUUUUAUAGGUCAGAUGUGAGACUGAUUUACGAGCAAUUUUCUUUGCAUUGUACGUGUUAACUAAAUAGCAAUUUUGUUUUGAUGAAUUACUUAAAAUAUAUAAUAGUUGUACAAGCAUGCAGAUAUUAAACUAAUUGUCUGAGAGAGAAAAAAAAUGCCAAUAUUACAAUCAAACUGUACUGCUGCUAACAAAAAAUGCGUUAACAAUUGACAUGAAAUAUUCCAUUCCAUCCUCAGCAUUUAGCUGAAGAAAGCAACGACUUUGGUGCUUUCAGAUCAUGAUUAUUCAAAAUUUUAUAAGCUUUGAUUUCGUAUUGAUUUAUAAAAAAAAUGAUAUUGACUAACUCUUUAAUAAUGGCGUCGAAUUUUAAACGUCAAACCCCGUGCUGAUACCUUCUCCAUGAAUGAAUUGUUCGUUAUUCCCAGUGCCAAACAAAAACCACACUUCAUACAAAUCAUGCCAACUCGUUCAUUCUCAUCCCGAAUAAUAUCCAUACCACUUACUUUAACGAUCAUUCCACCCGUACCCGAGUGCUCGAGUGCUUAAAGCGUACACACAUUUACCGCAGGCAGCAGCCGAACCCGAUGAAGCACCAAUUAGCAAAGCAAAACUUUUAAGCCGCCAAACCACGCGCUUUUGCUUUGCAGCCCAACAACCACUUCACACACACAAACACACAAACACACAGAGAAUAUACAACCUUUGCUGCUUAAAACAAACAGAACGAACGCCCCACAUAUGUAGUACGAUGGGGGGACGACCCUGCUGCUGCUGCUGCUGCUAUAGGACGAAAGUUUACAUUUGGUUUCUGUCGAAAUCGAUCUCAUCCCCGCAUCCAGGAUCGUUAUAGAUCAUGCCAGCUGGCACAAAAGUUUGAACCUUCUAAUCAUUACAAAUACGCUGCGAGACUAUCCUUCUCGUUUUGACGAGUGGAAACAAAAAGGAGGGAGGGGAAGAAACUUUCACAUGCACAGCUUUCUUAAGAAACACACAAGCGCUGGCAAGACAAGACAAAUUAGCCUGCCUGAGACAAAUGUGCUCUCGGGGUGGAGCGUCUUUUUUGUUGUUGCUUCUGAAUUAAAAGGACUCCCUCUGCACUAACACAAACACACACACACAACGAAGAAGCAAAGGGAUCUUUGUCUGUCUUUCUGCCUCAUCAAGCUUCUCAUCAUCCGUACAUGUGUCUUCGUGGAGCGGAGCUUUAUGUAUGCUAAAAAGGGGUUGACACAAAGCACCCGGGAAGAUGCGGAUGUAGCAUCUCACGAUGGUUCACUUUAUGUUUUUUUUUCUCUUUUGCUUUGUGUUGUCCUUUUCACUGCUAGUAAUUUAUCUUUCCCUAAUUUGCCCGAAAAGAAGUUCACCAAAAGAAGCUUUGGAAGCACAGCGCCAGAACACUUCUCCUGAGCUUUAUUCAUUUAUUUACGAGCAGCGCGUAAUCCUUCUCUCUCUCUCUCUCUCUUUUUUGCCUCCCACACCCCAUUCAGCAAGAUGGUCCUGUUACUAUUUUUCAACAGAAACGGAGCUCAAGUUACGGCGCGUCAGGUUUGCCAACUUUAAAGUCUAUUAAAACUGGCCCCCUCCCAAGACCAGCCGGGUCUGGUCCGGGCUUAUUUGCUGAUUUUCCUCACUUCAGUUUUCCACUUGUGUCGGGAGUUGAUAAAGGGGGGAAAAGAUCAGAAUUUCAAAAGCUUUUCCGGGACUCCGGGUUUGAUGUGAGAAUUUGAGAUGCUGAGUGUGAAGGUGGAGGGACAAACAGAUGUUUGUUAUUUUUAUCAUUCAACCCGAUACUCGCAGUGUCCCGCAUGUACCCUCGCUGAAGAGCUAGGAAGAGCGGGAAGAGUCCGAACCUUAGCCCUUAUGUUCGCCCUAGCUCAUAUUCUUAAUCUUCUGUGCUGUAGUUCUUCUACCUUCCUUCCAGCGGCGUCCCAUGGGAAGCUGAGACUCCUUCACCAUUGUGUUUGUUUUCCUCCCUUAGGUUUUUGGGCGUUGGGUGUUGGGAAGCGACCUUCCUCUUCCUCAUAAAAAAUCUUCCCCAAUAAGAAGGGGGAAGGUUGGGAAUAUUUUGCUUUCUUGUGCGCCACUAUUUGAGAAGAAAGUUUUCCUCUUUUUUGUUUACCCCAUGCUUUUUUUUUGCUAUUGGCUGCACAGCGAACCUCUGAGGGGCAGGACGACAACGUGACCCCAUUUUAUGUUUUCACCACUGCACAACUCGAUCAACUCGAACACAGCGCUCGAUAGCGUUGGGUGGGAAAAUGGGGCGUCCUUUCUUGCCAUUCUUUGUUUCUUUACUCCUUCGUUUGUUCUUUUUCUGGCUGUUUGUUGCCAAUCGAAAAUAUCCAGACAAUAAAGCCCGACAAUCCCGAAGAGAGCGCGUUCUCCCGACUGUGUCCCGUUCACAGUCAGGCUAAACACGGCUAAGCACUACUGGGAAAGUGGAAAUCGAAACACGCUGUGCGGCAAUGCGAUUGAUAUUGCAACCAUACUCGGAAUGCUCUGCUCAGCACGGAUCCAUUCGAACGUGGGCACGAUUCGAAUAAAUUCGAAGCGGAAACGAGCAAUAACAAACAAACGGAUGGAUCGAAAGGAAAGCUAACCUCCCGUGACACUGUAUACAUUAAUAUGUAAAUUUAGUAGUAAAAUCAAAUGCAGUAGUUUCGGGGUUUGUGGCGGGAAGCACAACGAUUGCGAAUCUAAAUUGAGUUGGCUUUUUAGUUUUAAUGUUUUUCGACAUGCGUGAAUCUUUCAAUGCUUUCAUUUACGUACCACGGUUCAUUCUUACAAAACGCAAUAUUAAGGUAUAAUUGAGCGAUUAAAGACUUAAGACAUGAACCAUUCAUGGAUUAAUUUGAAAUUUAGGUGACAUUAUGAUUUAAAAUUGCCACUGUGUUGAGAUGAACUGAAAAAAAAAUCCUGCAUUUUUAUAUUGAUAAAAUAAGUAACAAGAUAAAUGUAAAGCUUACAUAUUACAAACUCAUGUACAAUAUUCGCACCAUUUUAAUCCGCUCGUUCGCGACAACCAAAUUCAAAACGUCAUUCGAUAAUCCGCAACUCAGUCAAGUGCGCUAUACCGAGCGUGAACUGUACCUGAAGUCAGCGGUUCCGUGGCACAAUCGUUAACUUGCACGACUUAAAAACCUUGCCGUGCGUGUGGUUACUGAAUAAGUUUUUAAAGCCUUUUAUAUAUGUGCUGGACAUAUCCACGAAAGGACGUCCAUCUUAUUAUGGACCAUUUUUUAUCAAAUUUAAUUUAAACAAUUUGAUAACAAAGCCAACGCAUUACAGGACAAUGGAUUAUGUUUCGUUGUGUCGCUAGCAAUAACCGAAUGAUGUCUGCUGCAAUUGGAAUCAGAUUCGAAUUUGUAUAAAUUUAAUUUUAAAAUUAGAAAAACAAGUUAAUUGAUCAAUUAAAUAACACUUGCAAAAUUAAUUGCCAAUACAGAAGAAAAGCUGUUAAAGUGCGAAGAGACACAAUUUUAAACGUAUACUUUAUCUACAUUUUAUACACAAAAUAGCUUGAUUUUUUGAGCGAAAUGAAACGGAAAACUUGAAAAAUAUCCGCCCAAACACAAGCGCCCGGGCGCUAAAAUUGAAGACACCGAUAAAGCUCGAAAUAAAGCCCAAUCUUUCCGGCGGCGAGAUUGAUUAAAAUUAUACAUUUAAUUAACUGAAAUCCGUGCUCAUUUGCUUAUCUCGUUACUCAAUUUAAACUAUUUCCGUGCCUGUGCAUCCGUAAGCUGGCCGGAAACGUUGCGCACAGGAGGAACGGGCGCAGGAGCAACCGGCAGCAGGACGGCAUUGCAAGCCUUUCCACAAUCCACUGCUGAACGGUCUAGGCUACAAACGUUGAGGCGAAUGGUUCUUGUCAUCCCGCCCGGCCGAAUAACGCCGCGAAGAAGGAAGCGAUAGACACACUCUGAUAGACAGGACGGACAGAAUGACAGACGGUGCUGCUUUCUGGCAUGCUGUGUGUGUGUGUUUGUCUCACGGGAAUCUACAUCACCUCGGGAAUGCUUCUGGAGUAGCUCUCGCCCAAAGCAACGCUUCGCUUCACCCGCCCUGCCCGAUCCGAUAAGCUGCUAAUUGAUUUAUUUUCCAUCCGCCUUUCUUCGCAUUGCUUCGAUGAUUUUUAAGCUAGUUUGGCGCGGGCUAGUGGAACUGUGGAACCGUGUUUUUUUACUUUGUUGGUUUUUGCUUCACUAACUGAAUGUUUUUUUUUUCUUUCUUUUUCACUGCUAUUUUAAACAUACCACACACAUACACCUUCAAAAACCUUGAUACGAUUACGAUCCGGCACGAUCGGGGAACCAAACGCCAUUUCACCACAUCUCUCGUUACUUGCCCACCCGCCGGCAACACGAUGCUGUUAAUUGUGAAAUGCUGACACUCACCGCAACAACACUAUCCAUCGCCAAACAAACGAACAAACCAAAAACUGCGAACGUCCUUCCGUCACCCAAACUAUACUUUGCCUGCCUGCUGCGAACGGCAUGCCGCUGGAAAACUCCACCACAACACAACGCGUUUCGAACGACAUCAUCCACCAUCACCACCAUCGGUUGCCCGGGCAACGGGGACACUGUGUCACAAUCGCGGGCUUCUGGGUGGAAAAUCAUUAUCGGGCUUCCGCGACAAUCUCGAAUGAUGGUGGUGGUCACCGUUUCUGGAUUUUUUUUUUUUGCUGCUGCUGUUUGUGUGCCCGGGGACACCGAACAUC